CUAUCUGUGGUCCGGUACAAGCCUGCGUCCCAGCCGCACCGGCAAUCGUUGCUCCACCUCCACCACUUUAUCAGCCUCCCCCUCCCGCAUAUGUUGCACCUCCUGUACCCCAGCCUCCAGUUUAUCAAGGGCCACCACAGUUCCAACCAGAAGCACCUCCUGUAGGACAAGUAGCACCACAGCAACCUCCCCCAGGCUAUGAACAAGCAGUCAAUCCCCAACGUGACUUUGGACCAGAACAACGCGAUAUGCUUAUUAGUCCAUUGUAUUUUCUGAAACUUCUGAGAGGCCCACCCAUAAUUUUCGAUCUAUACUUUGCCCAAGUUCAUAAUGGAACGAAAAAUUAG